AUGUCCUCCUUCCUUAAAGGCAAGAAGCUCUGGCGAAUUGUCACCGGGGAUGUGACUAAACCGGUGAAAGACAGUGCCAUUAAUGAAACUACUGCUCCUACUGCUACAUAUGAAGACCGACUUGAGGAAUGGGACAGUUCCUCCUUCAUCGAGACGCCCUUGCUCACUCCUGAUCCCGUCCAGCCUGCUCUCCCUGAAGGUCUACCUCUUAUUGCCACACCUCCUUCUCCACCGGUUCUUCCUCUCACUGAUCCUCCUACGGGUCGACCAUGCCAGCAAGCUAUGACUGAUGAACUCCAGGCCUUGGACAAACCUCAUACUUGGGAUCUUGUUGAUCUUUCUCUUGUCCUAAGAAACAUAAUUAAUGAUAGAAGCAAAUCGAAUCAACGAGCUGAGGCAAAUAGAGUUUAUGAUUCCAUUACAUCUUUUGAACUUGUCUUCGUCUUACAUCUUAUGAGGGAUAUCAUGGAGAUUACUAAUGAUCUUUGCCAAGCAUUGCAAAUUCUAAGAAACAUAAUUAAUGAUAGAAGCAAAUCGAAUCAACGAGCAGAGGCAGAUGGAGUUUGUGAUUCCAUUACAUCUUUUGAGUUUGUCUUCAUCUUACAUCUUAUGAGGGAUAUCAUGGAGAUUACUGAUGAUCUUUGCCAAGCUUUGCAAAUUCCUGAUAUGAGUUGUCCUUAUAAAGGAGGUCGAGGUCGGUCUCAUUCUGAAAGAGAUCAACUCACCAUGGAACAUCAUUUUCGAGUUGAUAUUUUUAUGGUUACAGUUGAUUCUCAGUUUCAAGAAUUAAACAAUAGGUUUAAGGAAGAUGUAAUGGAAUUGCUUGUUCUUAGCUCAGUUUUGGAUCAUAGGGAUGGUUAUAGAUCAUUCAAAAUUGAGGAUAUUUGCAAACUUGCAAAUAAAUUUUAUCCCAUGGAUUUCUCCGAGCAAGAAAAAUUGCAUUUGAAAUAUCAGUUGGAAAACUAUAAGCUUGAUAUUUCCAUACUUUCCGAGUUUCAGAAGCUGUCAACCAUUUCUAAGUUGUGUCAAAUGUUGGCAAAAAUAAAAAAGUCGACAAGUUAUCCUCUUAUUGAUAGAUUGAUUCGUCUUGUGUUGACUUUAUCUGUUUCAAUUGUUACAUCAGAACGUGCAUUUUUGGCUAUGAAACUCAUUAAGUCUAAAUUGCGCAAUAAGAUAGAAGAUGGUUUUCUGGCUAGUUACUUGAUUACGUACAUUGAAAAAAACAUUGCUCAAGGGUUUGAUGUAGAUUCUAUCAUCCAUACUUUUGAUAUUAUGAAAGAGCGUCGAAUUCAAUUGAAGAUGCCUAAUUUUAGUAAAUAA